CACACCUCUGGACUCCUGAAGGGUUAUGCCUUCUGGGGCUGGCUACAGAAACGCUAUUGGCUGUUCCUCGGAGUGGCCAAAGUACAGCCCGAAUGUCUCCCCUCUCCCUUCAGUGCAUUUGUUAUCUUGGCUGAAAGGCGUUCGGCAGCAGUCCGCUCGCGCAGACCAAAGAUGGAGCAACAGAAUCCGACCAAGAAGGAAGGGAGGCUUACACUCAUACUUUUACUGGCAACGCUGAUAGCCGCAUUUGGGUCAUCCUUCCAGUAUGGGUAUAAUGUGGCCGCCGUUAACUCCCCUGCCGAGCUCAUGAAAGCAUUUUAUAAUGAGACCUACUAUGAACGCAACAAUAACUACAUAAAUGAGUUUUCCUUGACAUUGCUGUGGUCUGUUUCUGUGUCCAUGUUCCCCUUUGGAGGCUUCAUCGGCUCCCUCAUGGUUGGCCCCUUGGUGAAUAAACUUGGCAGGAAAGGGACUUUGCUCUUCAACAACAUCUUCUCCAUUGUCCCCGCGAUCUUAAUGGGGUGCAGUGAGGUUGCCCGGUCGUUUGAGAUGAUCAUUGUGUCCAGACUUCUGGUGGGAAUAUGUGCAGGUCUGUCUUCCAAUGUUGUCCCCAUGUACCUGGGGGAGCUGGCCCCCAAAAACCUGAGGGGGGCCCUCGGGGUGGUACCUCAGGUCUUCAUCACCAUCGGCAUCCUCGUGGCUCAGAUCUUUGGUCUUCGGAGCCUCCUCGCAAACAAAGAAGGCUGGCCGAUCCUCCUCGGGCUGACCGGGAUCCCGGCGGCCCUGCAGCUCCUGUUCUUGCCCUUCUUCCCCGAGAGCCCCCGGUACCUGCUGAUUCAGAAGAAGGAUGAAGUAGCUGCCAGAAAUGCGCUGAAGAGGCUGCGCGGCUGGGACGACGUGGGCUCGGAGAUGGAGGAGAUCUGGCAGGAGGACGAGGCCGAGAAGGCCGCGGGCUUCAUCUCUGUGCUGAAGCUGUUCAGCAUGAGGUCCCUGCGGUGGCAGGUCAUCUCCAUCAUCAUCCUCAUGGGCGGCCAGCAGCUGUCAGGAGUGAACGCAAUCUACUACUACGCAGACCAGAUCUACCUGAGCGCGGGGGUGAACGAUCAUGACGUCCAGUAUGUGACGGUGGGCACGGGGGCUGUCAACGUGCUGAUGACCGUCUGUGCCGUGUUUGUGGUGGAGCUCUUGGGGCGGCGGGUCCUACUCCUCCUGGGCUUCUCCGUCUGCUUCACGGCCUGCUGUGUGCUCACGGCCGCUCUGGCCCUGCAGGACACAAUAUCCUGGAUGCCUUAUGUCAGCAUCACCUGCAUCAUCUCCUACGUCAUAGGACACGCCCUUGGGCCCAGUCCCAUCCCCGCGCUACUGAUCACGGAGAUCUUCCUGCAGUCCUCCCGGCCGUCCGCCUUCAUGGUGGGGGGCAGCAUCCACUGGCUCUCCAACUUCACCGUGGGCUUGAUCUUCCCCUUCAUCCAAGUGGGCCUCGGACCUUACAGCUUCAUCAUUUUUGCUGUGAUUUGUCUCCUCACCACCGUCUACAUCUUCCAGGUUGUCCCUGAGACCAAGGCCAAGACAUUCAUGGAGAUCAAUCAGAUUUUCACCAAGAUGAAUAAAGUGUCAGAGGUGCACCCAGAGAAGGAGGAACUAAAGGACUUUCCAGUCUCUGCUUCGGGCACUAACUCGAGCAGAGGAGCCUGUUAAGUGGGUCUGUGUGGAGCUUCCCUCCGGGGCUUGCUUUCUGACCGACAGGUGUCUGUGAACACCCGGAACUAGGACCAGCCCGGUGUGGAACGCAGGCCCCACUGGGACUGUCCAAAGGGCUUCUGUGCUCUCUCCAGACUGACCCACCACCAACCCCGACUCGCUGUGAGCAGGCGCCCCUCACCAAGUGGGUUCGCCGUUGGGUGGCUCCUAAUAACACCAGCUCUUACGACAAAAGUCUUUACUACAGCGGCGGGACAGAAGGAACCCCAUCUGGCCGGAGAAAUGAACUCCUCUGCAAUCCCACGGGUCUGCUCGGGACCGGAGGCAUUCUUCCUCCUGCCAGAUCCAUCUCCAGGAAUACCAGCCCUGGAAUAUGUGAUGUCCCAAGUAAUGAUGUCUAAGAACCUGGGGCAGGUCCCUGCGGAGACAUCAACGAGUCAGAGAUUAUUAAUCGUGAAUUAUAUUGCUGGAGGACAUUGGCAUUGCCUCUGUAUGCUCAGGAAAACACGUAUGAUCACUUCUCACCAACACAUGCUUCUUUCCUGUGAGCAGGUAGAAGACACGGGGGGGCGGUGCCUGCCUGCUCCUUCAAGCAGUCUGUGUUGGAGCAUCAGCCACUCAAGGGUGCGGGUUUGUCCCGGAAUCCCUGCCUAGAACAGGGCCUGGCGUGGAGGAGGUGCUGAGACAGUAUUUGCUGGAAGAAGGGGAGCAGCGAGAGAUGAGGUGUUCACAGAGUGGUGAUUUUUUAAAAUUUAAGAUUGGGGCUCCUCUGCAUGUCUUCAGGUGCAUGGCGAACACCGAGAGGCCCUGAAAGUGAGACGGGGAAGGGGGGCCGGGAGGAGGAGGGAUGCCCCCCCGCACAUAUGGCACAUACAGCAGAGCUGGGGGCUUUUCUUAAAGACAUACGUUCACACAUGUGUGUGCGCGCGUGCGUGUGUGUGUGGCGGGAGGGGGGACAGGAUGCGAGAUCUGCUCCCGGGCAUGAAGGAGGCAGAGCCAGGAACAGGGUGGGACAGAGGUAGGAUUAGGAGCAGCCUUUGUAGGGGUGGAAUGGGGAUCCUACAGGUGAUUAAUUAAAUAACUCACAGGAGUAACGAGGGCCCAGAAGUGAAGAGUCCCCUGCUGGGGUUGGGGCACCCUUGACCUCCAAGUGCAGGGACCUGCUGUGCCAAGGGGGCACGGGAACCAGCCGCACACAGCAGGAGCUCUCAACACGGAGGAGCGGUCCAGCUGGGAUCUCAGAAUCCAGGAGGCUGGAGCUCCAGUCCUUGGUCCUGCCACUUCGUGAUGGUGUGACAUGCACUUUCUGCUCGGCUUUCCUGUAUGUUAGUUUCCUCUUCUGUUAGACAGAACUAAUAACAAGUGUCUCACAUGGUAACGAGGAUGAAAAAAUAUGUUUAUGGUGUUUAGAUCAGUGGCUGGCAUGUAUUCUGUACUUAGUUAUUUUUAAGAGCUUGAGAAUGAGCAUUGAUCUUGAGGACAAAUAAACCCAUAGGUAAAAAUGCAGCAAGAGACCACUAUCCAUGUAUAACUGGAAUUAAGCAAUUAAGUAAAUGGAUGGCAGAUGGUGAGAGCCAUCUCACUGGUGGAGAUAAGCCAAGACAGGGAGCCUGGGAUGAUCCACGUGGUCCUAGAUGAACGUUGGAGAUCCUGGUAUGAGCUCACAUUCAGUUUAAUAUAAACACAGAUAGCUACCUAUAGAAAUACUGGGGUGCCUGGGGGCUCAGUUGGUUAAGCAUCUGACUCUUGAUUUGGGCUCAGGUCAUGAUCUC